AUGGCCCCAGCGGAGACUCCUUCACCUGCGUUUCCCAUAUUGGACCCGGUUAUCGUGGACGACGAGAUGGAAAACGCCUAUCAAGAUGCAGACAAUGACUUUCUCGAUCCUGCAAGGCUGCAGAUGUCAUCGGGAUCCGCUGGCCAGGAAUUCGACGACCUCUUAGCGCAUACCUCCUCGCGAACACUUACGGAUUCUGAGUCGGCAUGCUUGUCCCCAUCCGAAUUGUCUGUGAAGAGGCAUUAUGCAGAACAGGAUCACUUGCGACAGCCCCGCGUCAUGACCGCCGACUCGCCCGCAGAGUCCCCAGACAACUCAAGUCGGAGCUCGUCGUCAGAGUCGCCGCGGAAUCAGCAUCUUCGACACUCGUCAGUCGCCUCGUCCGCGGGUGAGAGCUCAAUGAUGCCGUUCGGAUAUACACCGUCGGAAGAUUGGAUGAACCCUGAUCUCGAAUCAGUCAAGGAAGAACCGUUAUUCGGGUUGGACUCGUCACUCCAACCCAUGGAUAAUGGACUGCCACUGGAUGGCGAUCUCGAAUUCAGUAACAAAGCGAUGGAUGCUGCGUUCGAUUUUGAGAGUGCUGCCAGCAGUCCCAGUCUCCUGAAGGCCAAUGUUACACCACAACCCAAAUCACAGAAGCGGUUUAAGUCCCAACUGCGAAAGAACUCCUCUAACUCUACAAGGAAAUCUACUUCUCCUCUUCCAACAUCUGCCUCUCCUUUCUUCCCUAAUGGUCUUCGAGAAAUGUCUCCUUUCCCAGGUUCUUCGAAUUUGUCCGCUCAAGGGAAACCGUCACCUGCCAGCCAAUGGGGCGGACAAUCGCCAUCAUCCAUUUUAGAGGAAAGCUUUGGAGGAAUCAACAUGAACGGCGGUUCUCCCAUGAACUCGAGCUUCAACUUUGGACAGAACAGUUUUUCAUUUGGCAUGGAUCUUGCUCCAUCACCUCCACAAAACCACAUCAAAUCGGAGCCGCCCCAACGUCAUGUCCUGACUGUGCAUCCAACCUCCUUGAAAUCACGUGUGGAAACCCAGAUUCCCAUUCGGUUAACACUCUUUCCGCUGCCCCCUGGAGUGAAAAAAUUACGGUUACCAAGUCACACAAUCUCGAAACCCAAGUUUCUUGCCGCGGCAUCGACCGAGCGAUCGCCCGAUACGAUGGAGUUGCACACUAGUCUCGUCUGCACCAGUGCAAUGCAGGACCAGCAAAGACUCCAAAGAGCAUUUGCUAAAGCCCGAGGCGAGGUUUACUCCAAAUUAUCGUCUACAGAUGAAUUACAAGAAGAGGACACACCGUUGGGCGGUGGAGAAGUCAAGAUCUGUGCCGGCUGUAUCCAACGUGAACGGAAACGUGCCUCCCGGAAGAAGCAGAGGAAGCCCGAGGAAGAUGAACUGUUCCAGAAGGAUGAGGAGAAGAGGGUUAUUGUGUUCAAUACCAAUGAGCUUAAGGAGUGGACAGAAGCGUCCAAAAACAGCGUACCGAGUUACAGCGACAUUCCGCCUCCCAACGUUCCUGCUGGCGCGAUGCAGGUGGAGUUACCCAUGCGAAUAGCAUGCUAUUGCAGACACCAGAAUGAAAAACUCGGGUUUCAGGUCAUUUUCACAGUCAAGGAUUGGGUGGGAAAUGUCAUUGCCCAGGCCAUAACCAAUUCGAUCAUGAUCACGGAUGACCAUAAGACACACGCACCGCCUGCACCUCCUGCCCCUGGUCCGUCCCCCGCGUUACCCGAUGGGACACAACUCCCCGGUGUCGGUGUCUUCCACUCAGGAACCAACGUCGAUACCGGAAAAUCGACCGCCAUGACGCAGCCUUCGUUCCAAGCUGCAUCCUCGGCGACCGACUUACAAGGUCUCCAGCAACGGCUGAACUCACAAUAUCAGGCGACGCCAGGCUCAUUCGCCAUCCCUCAGAACUCGACGAAUGGCGCAUCGAAUUCACAAUCGCAUCGGAGUCUUUCGCGGCAAACAUCGCCCAAUGACUUCCAGGGCCCGAUGAGCAAGCGACGCAAGCAUAGCAGUUCGAGCAGACUUCCGUCGGAGUUAACCAUGACCAAACUCGAGAAUUCUCAGUCACCGUCUUCCGGGGCCACGUCGCAGCCCAUGAGUAACGGCUCCCAAUUGCCAACGACACGUGCAUUUGCAUCACCAACCGAGAGACCUUUUGUAUCGCCGUCCGCUAUGCCUGGCCAAUUUGCAAACGGCCCUCCUACACCGAAUAGCAAUGACAAUAACCCGUUCUUUAGCCUUAAUGCUCAGCAGUCGAGAGCAGAUAGUCUUCAGCAAUUAAUAUCGGCUCCAAAUUCGGCCCAACCUAGUCGCCCGGGUUCUCCUGGAUCGUCGGCUCGCAAUAACUUCCAGGAGCAAAGUUUGAACAUCCUGGGUCCUAGUACGUCGACCCCGAUGUGGCCUCCAUUGACCAAUACUGGAAACCGGCUACCAUCUGUCAUCCACAAGCUGGUACCUGCAGAAGGAUCCAUCACAGGUGGAACUGAAGUCACACUGCUUGGCAGCGGUUUCUACCCGGGUAUGGAAGUUGUCUUCGGAGACACUCUUGCAACGACCACAACUUUCUGGGGCGACAAAUGUCUGAAUUGUCUGACUCCGCCGGCCCUGCAGCCUGGCCUGGUAGCAGUCGUCUUUAAACAUGAGCACCCAACUUUUGGUCAGAUGCAGACUCAGCCCCUGAUGCCGAAGCAACAGCAAUUUUUCCGCUAUGUGGAUGAUCGCGAACUUCAAAUGUACCGUCUGGCUCUUGGUAUUCUUGGGCAGAAAUUGGGAAGCCAGGCAGAUGCGUUCCAUACAGCCCAGCAAAUUAUGGGAAGCGACCCGAAGGCGAUGUUCAAUCUUCACAAGGAUUUCCAAAAUGGUUCCGGCGGGGGUCAUCAACGCCAGGUUCCUGGAUUAGAGUCUCAAGGUCAAUUGACGGAUUUGGAUUCGAAGAUGCUGACGUAUCUCGAAUUCGUUGACCUUGACGAUAGCCCGCGUCCACCCAAGUAUAAUUCGCGCUGCGGAACGGGGCAAACUCUUCUGCAUUUUGCGUCUUCCUUGGGAUUGACACGGUUUGUUGCAGGACUCCUUGCCCGGGGUGCCAAUCCGGACGUGCAGGACAACACUGGAAACACACCAAUGCACUUGGCAGCUUUGAAUGGCCACGCGCACAUCGUCCAUCGACUUCGCCUGACUGGUGCAAAUGCCCACGCCCGCAGUACCAGAGGCUUCACGCCAGCUGAUCUCGCCUCGACACUGCCUGCCCAUCAGGCCGCGUUGCUGCCCGCACGACACUAUCGCUCGCGCAGUGUUGGUUCUUUGGGAUCGGCACGGCGUCGGCACGGCAGUUCUGCGUCGCUUCACUCGCUCUGGGAAACAUCGUCUGGUUCCAGUUCGUUCGACAAUGCGAUUGAGGACUCGGGUGAUUCUGAAGAGGAUGACGAUUCUGACUCGGAAGCUGAUCACACCUCGUCUCGACGUCCGAGUGUCCACCAGGACGCUCAUCCUCCACUCACAUCCGAAGGCACAGAACCAACUGAAGUUGCCCGGCCAUUCUCCCCUCCGGCAGCUCUCGUCGCUUGGCGCAACCAGCUUCAGGCUCAGAUCAACCAGUUCCAACAAAGUGUUUCCAACGCAUUCCCUAAUCUUCCUGCUCUGCCUCCUAUGCCGGCUUUGCCUGACUACCAAGCACACCCGAUGAUGCGCCGCAUCACCAACCUGGUGCCUAACCCAACCGCAUCCUGGUCGACAAGGGACGGCUGGUGGGAUCUGCUCAAGGGUAACGGCAGCAAUACCUCGCCGACUACCGGGCUACCCUCAUACGAGGACCUGUACCCACGGAAGGAAGACGAGCAAGAGACAGAAGAGACGUCGGACAUGAAGACGUCUUUGAUGCGGGCAGCCACCGAGGCAUUGGUGGACCAGCACUUUGAGGCGCAAUCCAGUCGAUCCCAGAUCGCUCCUGUCAAGGAGGAUAAGGAAGACCUCAAAGACAUCAGGAUCGGCCGGAAGGUGAUCUCUCGCGAGCAACAGAAACAUCUCCGAGCACAACAAGCGCAGAGAAUGAAGGGAUUGGGCAGUGAUCGGAACUUGUAUUUCAUUUGGAUUCCUCUUUUGCUUUUGGUCAUUUGCGCAUGGGCACGAAACUAUGCUCCGGGUAUUUGGCGUGCUAUUUCGGAUGGGUAUGAGUUCAUUGCAACUCGCAAUACACAAGGCGCACUGGAAGUUGGCGUGUAA